AUGAAACGCAGUUAUUUUAAUUUAAAUCAGCCUAUUAUUGAUUAUCCAUAUGAAACUAAUAAUGAAGAUGGCUUUGUGAAAUCUACUUAUUUUCAUAAUAGUUUUAUUUUAACUUUUCAUUUAAAAAAUGUUAAUGCAAAAGAAAUUAAAUUUAAUGUUAUAGGUGAUAAUGUAAGAAUCGAAAUAAUUAAAGAAGGAAAAAGUAAAAGUGCCAAAUUUGUUAAAAGUAGUUACAAAAUAUACAAACUUCCUGAAGAUGUUGAUUCAAGAUCCAUAAAGUAUAUGUUUAAUGAUAAUGGUGAUUUAGUAAUAACAGGAGAAAGACAAAAAUAA